GUUUUGGAACGAUACUCUUGUGUUUGCUAAAGCACGAUUAUUAUUGGUUAACUUUAACUUAGCUUUAACCUAUCUGAAUUCACCGUUGAUUAAUAUGUAUCAAUGAAACGAUGGUUGCUUAUGUGUACAGUCAUGUUCGUUUUCUGAAAAAUCACUCAGAAAACUUAAUAAAUGAGAACGAUGAGCUGGUUAAAUUGCUUUGAUAUGCAUGUGUAAGUAUAGGAAAUGUGGCUAUAUAAAUACAUAAAUAUAUGCAAUACGCAAAGGUGGAGUUUAUAUCGUUAAUUCAAUGUGUGAUUAAUUCAAUUUAGUUUGUUAUCACGUACGAACGUGAAGCGAUGUGAUCACGUAUGUACGUACAGUGGAUAUACAAUCCUCGAUGUUUGUACGUUUUCGUUUGCCGUUGAUUGAAAUCGAUGUUGGUUAACAACGUGAACAAUGUACUUAUCAGAUAAAGUAAUUACGUUGCAAACAGGAUGCAGCAAGAUCAAUCGAUAGAUAUCUCGUUUUGGAUAACGAAACCAUUUUUAAAGUCUAACGAUAGAACCGAUCUUGGUAAAAGGUUUAAAAUGUUUGCUUCCAAAACUCAAACGUCGAACAGUACCUUUUAUACCGAAUUGGAGACCGAUGUAAAAGAUAAAGAGUCCGAUCUAGAUAAAUUUACAGAGCAACGGGAAACAACCGACAUAAAUAUUCCUUCUAAUCAUUCUGAUAUGAUAGUAGACAAUGGAAAGUUGGAAAGUUGCAAUGUGCAUUCUUUUCGCAAAAUUGCCUCCUUCGGAGGUUUCUCACGGUUUCGACCAUUCGUCAUGUCAGCUGGAAGUUCGACGAAUCAUGUUGGUAUAGAAGAAAAUAUUGAAAAUUCGUCGGAAGUACCGUUUGUUCGAGUAUCGCACGGUGUAUUAGAAUAUAGAAGCAGUAGGUAUUUGGCCACGGAAAGAAAUUCCAAUCAAUACGAAGUAGAAACGUUCGCGGUAAGUGAGUCAGAAAGUGAAGAAGAAGAAGAAAAAGAAGAAGGAGAAGAAGAAGAAGAAGGUGAAAGAAUAGCAGUAGCAACAGUAGAAGAAAGGAAAGAUGAAGGAGAGGAAGAAGAAGAUGAUAAAGAGAAAAAGUCGGAAGAUGCAAAAUCGUUAGGAACAAAUUCGGUAAUAAUCGUGGAUCGUACCGAUGAUUCGGAAGUGAACUUAAAACCGAAUAACGGUGUCGGUUGUUUGGAUUCGAAAAGGAAAAAGGCGCAUCAAGUUGCCGAAGAAUUAUUAGCUACGGAAAAGAAUUAUGUUAAUGUUUUGCGAUUGAUCGAUCAAGUAUUUCAAUUCAAAGUUGAUCAAGAGAAUAGAGCGCAUCCAAUGUUUCCUCCAGAAACUGUGCAACAUAUGUUCUCUAACAUUAAAUCGAUUUAUAAAUUUCAUAAUGAUUUUUUGUUGCCGCAACUCGAGGAGAGAAUGCAGAAUUGGAAAUCGGAUCCUAGAAUCGGAGAUAUAAUGAAAAAUUUUGCACCGUUUCUCAAAAUGUACACGGAAUAUGUGAAAAACUUUGAUUAUGCCAUGAACUUGAUACAUACGCUUCAAACCAAAGUCGCUAGAUUCGCCGCAAUUAUCAAUGAUAUUCAAAAACUGGACGAAUGUGCUAAAUUAUCGUUGGCUCAUCAUAUGCUAAGCCCUAUACAAAGAUUGCCGAGGUACGAGCUUCUCCUAAAAGAUUACUUGAGAAACCUCACGGAAGAAAAUGCUGAUUACGAGGACACGAAAAAGGCAUUGGAAUUAGUAUCUGUUGCUGCUAAUCACACGAACGAAGCAAUGAAGAAGAUCGACAAGUUCAAAAAGCUUCUUGAAAUACAAGAAAGCAUAUACGAUACGACAGAUCUAGUCAGUGCUACGAGAGAACUCGUGAAAGAAGGCCGAAUUGUAAAAAUUUCAGCAAGAAGCGGUGAUCAUCAGGAAAGACAGUUAUUUCUGUUUAGCGAUUUGUUGUUACUUUGUUCAAUAAGAUUGAUACCCGGACCAUUGUAUCGGCUGCGAGCUAAAUUCCUGAUUGAAAAUUUGCAAGUAAUCGAGGGCGACAAUUUAGAAACGGCAAAUACUUUUUAUAUAAGAGACAAGGAUAAAAGCGUUGAAUUGUACACGCACGCCGCUGAAGAGAAAGCAGCAUGGCUCGAUGCCCUCUUCGAUACGAUGCAAGAAACGAUGAAAAGGAAGGCGAGUUUGAAAACUGGAAACGUUAAAACGCUUGUCAUCAAAACUGACGACGUAUCUAGAUGUAUGAUAUGCGAAGUUAUUUUUUCCGUAAUGAAAAGAAAGCAUAACUGUAGAGCUUGCGGAAUAGUUGUUUGCGGUAAAUGUUCGAAUCAAAAGUUACUGUUCGAAGAUAAUAAAAACAUGAGAGUUUGUCGCCUGUGUCAUACAGCUUUAACGCAACCGCUCGUUAAGUCACCUUCUUCGAUUUCUCCGUCCGGGCCAGUGCCAAGUUUAUUACAAGUUUUGGCGAAUGCACCUUCCGUUAUAUCAGGAUAUCUUAUGUUAAAGACUCAACCGAGUAAGCCUUGGAUACGACGAUGGUUCGCGUUGCACGCUGAUUUCGUUUUAUACACAUUUAAAUCGGAGUCUGAAAGUAUGGCAUUGACGGCUACUCCUAUGCCGGGUUUCGUUGUUACGGAAGCUACCAAGUUAUCCGAAGAGGAUCCUUUAACUUUAAAAGACAGACCUAAAGCCCUAAAAAUGCAUCAUUCUAGAAAAAGUUAUUAUUUACAAGCUUCAUCCAACGAAGACAAAUACAAAUGGUUUCGCGCUUUGCACUUAGCUACCAAAGCGGAAUUACCUUCGCUCGUGACGAUAGAGACUGAAGACGCACAGGAAAGCCGAGUAAUCGUUCAAGAACGUUAAACAAUUAAUUUGUAUGACUUUAUUCGUGGCGUAAAUCAAUGUUUUACUGUCGUAGUCGUGUGAAAUCGCAACGCGGUAAAAUAAGAGUUGCUAGGUAAUGAUUAUUAUAUGAAAGGUGACGUUAACUCGUGUUAUAUAGUAUGCAUAAACAAAUUGUUGUUGGUAUAAUGUGGUCGAUUCGAUACCGACUACUAUGCCAAAACGCUCGUUGUAUUUUGUAUCGUUUUGUUAUAGUAUGUUUAAAAAUAUAUACGUAUAUUUACACAAA